UAGGGGGAGAGUGAGAGCGCUUUUGCUUGUGAUUGUGGGUAAAAUUCCAAAUUAAUUUAUCAGUGAAGUUAUGUGCAGGAAAGGGGGAGGGCCACCAACAUGAAUACAUAUACAUACAUAUGUGUGGUGAUAAAGUAAAAUGAAUGCUACAUAUUUAUAUACAUUUUUUUUGCUACCUAAACUCUCACGGAUCCCAGUCCGGAGCUUUGGCUAUCAUCGUCGCACAUUCAGUCGGUGGUGACACUCCAACGUGGUGGAACAAAGUCAAAGAGGAGCAUUUUCACUAUCACUUGCUGCGGACUCGCUCUCACCUUUUUGCGCAUUCAAUUUUCGUGUGCAGAAAAUACUCUCAUGUGGAUUUUCUUGCGACAGAGAGUAACAAAAUAUUGCACAAAAAUUUCCUUUAAUUGUGCCUCCUCCCCCCUCGUGAUUGUGAUUAGAAACGAAAGAAAUAAAAGUGAAUUUUUUUCUUCAACAUCAAAAUUCGCAGCAUAAAACAUUUUGUAUGAGUUUGUCAACCGUGAAAAUUUGUGAACAUUCGGCCAUACACUUUAGAGUGAAAGAGUUUUGUGGUGAAGAAAAAUAUAUAAACGAUAAAAAGGGGAAAAAAAGUUAAAUGUAAUUUAGGAAAUUGCCUCAUUUGCAGCCAGAACGGGGGUAUUUUCUCGCAUUAAUUCACGGUGCGUGUGUAUGACGACAUAGAGGCGCUCCAUCGUUAGUGGUUUGUCCUCCCGAAGGAAAAGCUGCUGCCUCAGCUGGGAAUGUGGAGGAAAAAUCAAUAUCUGGAAUUUCCAGUGUAGUUUUCUCAGUGUUUUUUCCUCCUCACGUUUGUAUGAGUGGGCUCCCACACCAUCUCUCCGAGACAAUACGUGCAAAUUGAACGUUGAAAAAAUUCCCAAGUCACACGAUGAAUACUUUAUCAUGAACUGAUAAGACCACCAUCAGACUAACCAAGAGAAAAAUCUCUCAGUGCCAAGUUUUCAAUCAAUUUCUCCGCAACGUUUUUGUGCAAAGAGUGCCAUAAUAUAGGAAAGAAAAAUCCACCGCAUAAAGUGAUAUAACUUCUCAAGGACAAAGGACAAGUACAAAGGAAAGAAAAAUGCUUUCAGUGUCCGAUAGGAUUAAAUUGUGGUCUAAUAAGAAGACGCUGAUUUCGGCGGCACCGAGUCUAGACACUGCAAACAAAUCAAAUGGAUCAAAGUCAAAUGGCAAGGAGGAGGGUGACGAGGGGUCGCAUAAUACAAAGCGAAAUUUAGUGCAAUUGCGCCGUGACGGUCCACUCAAUCAGUGUAUUAAUGAGUUAUCGUCGAGGAAGUGCUUCAGUGAAGUGCCACAGGAGGCCCGGGAUAUCCCGGAGGUGAGCCCCACAAAAUCACGUAGAAAUAGCCAAAGUGAUGCACUUCCCUCCACACCCUCCCACUUUGUCACCGUCAUCGAAGUCAAGGAGACAAAGCCAAUCGAUACGGCUGCAUCUGUCGCAGUGCUGGCGUCCGAGGAUGACGAUGAGGAUAAUGUAGAGGAUGCAGUGAUUACAACACGAAACAAUUCUGUGAGAAAUAUUUGUGAUGGUGGUGAUGAUGUGGUGAUGGGCAGAAGUUCAUUUAUUGGGGAUGGAAGGAGUUCAGAUGCAGGAGAGGGUACAUUCUUAGAUAAGAAAGUUAAACCAUCACUACCACCUGGAUUACCGCAGGAUGUUAAAAAGAAGGUUCCACCUCGACCACCACCGAAAUUUAUUCGUCGAGCGGCACCCGUUGAUCCACCCACGGUUCCGGGAAGUGCUACGGGUCGUAAGAGUGCUGACUCAGACAGCCCAUCGAGUUCCUUGGAGCGCAAUAUUAAGCCAUCCGAGCUACAUCGGCAAAAGUCAUCGGAUUCACUUGAUGUGAAAUUGGGUGAUCGUAGAAGUGUAAAUGAUGCCGGGAAAGUGGUGACAAAGGCUUUGUCGGAUGCAUCAUCCGCGGAGGCUUCGCGGAAGAUUAAAUCGGAAAAUUAUGAAAAAACCCGCCUGGCAUCGGAAUCAAUUAGAAGUACCACCAGCUCACAGAGCCCAACAGGAUCACUGGGAAAGGCAGCUACAACCGUCACAGCGAGUGGAGCCUCACCGACAGGGAGUCUCGGGAAAGUGGCAGAAAAUCAGACUGGCGAAAGCCCCACGGGAAGUCUCGAUAAGGUCAAUGCACGUCCAGCAGAUAGUUUACAGAGUGUAGGCUCAAAGGAAUCCCUUGCGUCACAGGGAGCAAUUUCCGAAAGGAUCAAGAGCUACGAGUCCAUUUCAUCCUUAAGCUCAGACAGUGUCAAGGCUGGUGGUCAGAUGGACAAUGAGCCCUACUACGACACAGUGCCCAUGGAUAAUGGAGAUGGGGACUAUGUCUACAUUCAGGCAGGUGGUGGGACAACAGGAAGUGGUGGCGGUGGUGGUGGAACUGGUGGUUCCACAUCAAGUAGAGAUGACAUUUCCACAGCCGGGAGUACACUACCAAUGCCAGCGUAUCCACGGAGUCAGAAUAGUAGUCAGGCAAGUGUGCAUGUGGAGCCAGAAUCUCCGGGGAAGAGUUCCAAUUAUGUCAACAUCAACUACUUCCUGAUGCAAAACCACGAGACGCGCAGUAGCUCAAUUGACAGCGAUGAAGAGGGCGAUCCACCACCACUCAUGCGUGCAAUAUCGCACGAUGAUAAUCCAAAUACGCCGGGAGCAUUUAGAAAAUUGCAGUCUGGGGCCAGUAGAAAUACAACAAUUCGCCAAAUAAUUUCCAGUAUUAUAACAAGUGAAACAUUCUAUGUGGAAUGCUUGGGGAAGAUGAUGCAGUACAUGAAGGCAAUUAAAGCCACAUUGACCACGUCUCAGCCUGUGAUAAGUGAUGAGGAAUUUCAGACGAUGUUCUUCAAAAUUGAAGAAUUGCACGCCGUACAUACGGACUUUCUGGCUGAGCUGCGCCAAAAGGCGGCCCAGCAGGAGGAUGACAUACGCAUUGGGGAUACAUUCAAGAAGAUGGCGGGUCACAUUAAUCUCUACGGGGCAUUCCUACAUAACUAUGGGCGUGCCAUUGACACGGUGAAGAAGUGCGGACAGAAUAAUACGCAAUUCAAGGAGAUCGUGUCGCGAAUUGUACUGAAUUCCAAGAAUGAGCAAUCCCUCCCGCUGGAGGAUCUUCUGCAUAAACCCGUUGCGAGGGUGCAGAAGAAUGCACUUGUGCUGGAGGAUUUGCUAAAUCAAACACCGCCAACACAUGCAGAUCAUCCACCGCUCAAGCAGGCGCAACAUCUAAUCCGCAACCUUCUCUCUGAGUUCAAUGUUAUCCAAACUAAAAGUUUGCUGUCUGACGAUAAGACCCUGAGGCGCUUAGUGAAGCAUUCAACAAUUGUGGAAUUGGUGGAUGGGCACCGGAAGCUGCGGCAUUUAUUCCUCUUUAACGAUGUCAUUGCGUGUGCAAAGUACAAAGCGCAGCGUCAGACGCACUUUGAGUUCGAAGUGAAGUGGUACAUUCUCCUGCGUGACAUCUAUGUCCUCCGGGAGAGUCCGUGUGAUCCCAAAGAGGUGAAUCCUGUGAAUAUUUUGCAAUUAAAAUCGCAAGCAUGUACGGUGCGUGAUCAGAUUCACGUGGAGAAGCAGGAGAUGGAGAAGAAUAAGGGCAAGGGGAAUGCAUCGAAGGUGAGCGAUAAGCACCGAAAGAAGUUGGCUGAGCUGGAGUCUCAGCUUGUUCUGGCCUCGCCGAAUUUAGUCUUCCGACUGAGCAAUAAGACAACCAACAAAAUCAUGACAUUCUUCCUGAGUUCGGACUUUGAGCGUACCCAAUGGAUUGGAUCAAUUCUCACGCUGCAGGAAUCGUGCAAUUUACCCGGAGUACAGCCGGUGAAUUUGUUUGAUCUGCAAGUAGCCAUUGGGGCGUGUCAGGCGAUUGUUCAAAGUGAAAUGGGAUCGUCGUACUUGAUGCUGAAGAACAACGAUGAGAGUCUCCUGUUUGGUGAUCUCCACUUAACCAUCCAAGGUAUCACAGGAUUGGAUCAUGCAGCUGAUCUCUUUAUCUGUGUGGAAAUUGACUCGUACAGCCACUAUUUUCGCAAGGCAAAGACCAAACUGAUCUGCCGUAGCUCCAGUCCGCUCUGGAAUGAGUCGUUUGUGAUGGAGCUGGAGGGUAGUCAGAAUAUACGGUUUCUCCUCUAUGAGGAUCAUGCGCAUCAAGCAAUCCUGAAGGCUCAUCAUGUACUCUCGCUCAGUCGAUCGUGGCUACAGGAUGUUCCAACCAAUAAAAUGGUUAAUUUGACUGAAUCUGUAAAAUUGAAUACAAUCUUCAAAUUCCUCCCGGAUGAGGGAUCCCUUCGGCGGGUACCAACCUCCAAACCAGGUGCUCUGUUCGGAUCUAAAAUGCUCCAAGUUGUGAAACGCGAAAAGCGCAACACACCCUUUAUCAUUAGUGCCUGCAUUCGCGAAGUUGAGCGUCGUGGCAUGGCUGAAGUUGGGAUUUAUCGUGUCAGUGGAUCAGCAUCUGAUCUGACGAAACUGAAGAAGUCAUUUGAAACGAAUGCAUACGAAGCGGAACAAUUGCUAAAGGAGGUGGAUAUUCAUUCAGUUACGGGGAUUCUGAAGUCAUACCUGAGAGAACUUCCGGAAGCCCUCUUCACAGAUCAAUACUACCCAAAGUUGUCAGAGACGUACAACAAGUACAGCAAUUUCAAUGAAGCAGAACGGAGUAAGGAACUCCUAGCCAUCUUCAAUGACCUCCCACAACCAAAUAAAGACACAAUUAAUUUUAUUUUGGAUCAUCUGAUAAGGGUGCACCAGCAAGAGGCAGAGAAUAAAAUGUCUCUGCACAACUUAGCAAUGGUGUUUGGUCCAACGCUCCUUCGACCAGGACCGGUGACGGGGAAGCAAAAAGACGGACUGGAAACGAGUACGGUGGGCGUAAUGGCGCAAGCUGGGAUUCUCUAUAGUUUCCUCCAGGCGCGCCUCAAGUGAUCCUUUAUUUAGAGGCCCCCUCAUUUCCAACGUAACAAUCACAUUCAAACCUAAAUUCUCUAUAAAUAUUAUUUGAUUUGUAAACAUUUUAUAUUAAAAAAAAAGUAUUUAUUUUACCGUAGAUUAAAAAAAACAAAAUGACUUUUUUCUCACUACAAAUAGUGUCGCGAAACCAUUUUAUUAAAAUUCAUCGAAUUACUUUUAUAGUGAGUAAUGGGAGAGUAGAGGAGGUGAGAGAGAAGGUCUACUGCACCACAGAAUAAUAAUAAUAAAUUCUUAAUGUUAUCCAUUUUAUUAUUGAAAGGAUGAAAUUAUAUAAGUACCUAAAUGACCUAAAUAAAAAAAAUUAAAAAAAAAGAAAAAAUCAUUUCAUUUUUAGCAAUAUAUUUUUCCUGUGUUUUAUACUGAAAAACAAAAUCCCAUUUUCACAAAAUUAAGAUGUUUUAUAUAAAGAAAAAUUGUAUAGAAAUGAAAAUAAUUAAUUUUUAAUAAUUUGUAUUUUUUUUUAAAUUGGAUGAGAAUCCCACGAAAAAGUUCCAUUGAAUGGACUGAGAGUACAGAGAAAGAGAGAGAGUGGGUGGCGAAGGAACCCUCAUCCAAAAGGAAUGAAGAAAAAACUCCAUCUAGUCACGGUUUUAUGUUGAUUUUUUUUGACAAAAUAAAAUCCUUCAAUUUACCUUCAUUUUAUUACUAAAAAUAUUUUCAACAUAAUAAAAAUCCAUGCGUAAAAAUAGUGAGAAGAUAAAAUAGAAAUAUAGCAGAAAUAAUGUAAUUUUAGAGCAAACCAAGUGAAAUGACUAGUUAAUAAAAAAAAUCAAGCAGAAAAAGUCUAAAGCCGACACGGAUCUUUUAAAAACUAUUACAUACUUAUUAACUUACUUAUAAUAGUGAAGAAAAAGUAGAUUAAUUGCGUUAUUUUGUGCGCAAUUUAUUGGACUUUGUAGACUGGAUUAAAGAUUCAAUAGUUUGCAAAAAUUUUAAUCAUGUUUUCCCCCGCCCCCAUGAAGAGCCUAAAAAUCCAUUUUCUUUCCAAAGAUUGUUGAAUGAAAAAAGUCUUAUGCAAAAAAUUAGCAAUUUGCAUGAAAUAUUAAAGAAACUAACUAAAAAAAAGUAUUUUACGCAGAGUUUUCGGGCAUUUUUGAAAGCCAUUUUUUGAGCAAGAAUAGAAUGAAGAAUAUCGCAGAUAUGAAUGCUAAAUUUUCCAAUUUUGUACGUUUGACCUUGGUAGAGAAAUUUGUAAUGAUGUAAAGUGAAAUUAGUGAAUAAAAAUCACAUAAAAUAUGAA